AGAGUGGUAAUAUCAGCAAUAUAGUCAUUGUUGCUAAUUUUUGGUUGGUAAAAAUAUAAAAAUAAUAGCAACAUGGUAUAUGUUGUUAAUACUUUAGGUGCUUGAAAACUUUUCAACAACAAAAACCAUGUUGUUAGAAGUGGAGCUCACUUUUAGGUGGAUAAUGUGCAGUAUACGGUGGCUGGAAAAUUUCAGCAACAUAUGGGAGGAGUCUGAGGGAAAGUUCAAGGGGAUUUUGGGCUACACUGAAGAUGAUCAUUCCACUGAAGAUGAUCAUGCCAGAGACUUACUUGGUGACAGAAGGUCAAGCAUUUUCAAUGCCAUGCCCACUGCUUGUUCUGCUUUGGACAAUAACCAUUUCAAAUUCAUCUUCCACUGUGACAACCAGUGGGGUUACAGCUGUCGUGUAAUUGACUUGAUUCUCCAUAUGGACUCUGUCCAAGCUCAAAGCUAAACUAAUUUCAGGCGAUCAAUAUUUCCCGUUGCCGCAAAUAAACCUAGAUGUUACUUAUGACGACCUUUAUGUUAUGUUUCUAAUAUUUCCAUAGGAAAUACCGUAUGCUCAUGUUGAACUUACUUCCGAAUUUUUUGAAUUGUUUUCCCCUUUUUAGUACCACCAAAUUUGAAGCGGAUCUGAACAUCGUAUAGAUUUUGGUUGAACU